GCGUGAGGUGAGGAUCACUAAGUGUAACCCCCAGGAGUUGAAGAGCACCACCUUGUGUUUGCCUUUCAAUGCCACCACCACCGUUUACCUGCCUUGGGGCCUUUUGGGUCAUGCGCAAAAUAGUCUGGGGCUACCUGCCUGGACCUAUUCCAGUUUCAACUGGUAUAUAACCAAAGGGGGAUAUGGUGUGGGUGAUUUGGUGACCCGGAUACAGGCUGUGGACCCACAGUUUCUGCCUACCAGAACCAAGCGGGAAGCAGCCCCGACUGGUGGGGAACCCACAUAUAUUGAUGCCAUAGGUGUUCCUAGGGGGGUCCCGGAUGAGUACAAGCUGGUGGACCAGGUCGCCGCAGGUUUUGAAUCAUCUCUCUGCUGGUGGUGCACUGUGAAUAAAAAUGUUGACCGCAUUAACUAUAUACAUUUCAAUGUCCAAAAAUUAGGUAACUGGACUCAACAAGGUUUUGAGGCCGUACAUGGUCAACUGGCUGCCACUUCACUUAUGGCUUUUCAAAAUCGCAUUGCCGUUGACAUGUUGCUGGCUGAGAAGGGUGGGAUAUGUUUUAUGUUUGGGGAGCAAUGUUGCACAUUUAUCCCUAAUAACACAGCCUCUGAUGGCAGCCUCACUUUGGCGUUAGAAGGCCUGCGUACCCUUAAUGGUAAAAUGAAAUCCCACUCUGGGGUUGAUACCAGCAUGUGGGACUCCUGGAUGGAUGCAUUUGGUAAAUAUAAGGUAUUGGUCUCUUCUAUCCUGGUCUCUAUCUCUGUGGUUGUCGAUAUAUUAACCCUCUGUGGCUGUUGUUGCAUCCCAUGUGCCCGCUCCCUGCUUUCUCAUGUUAUUACUUCUGCUAUUCCACCAAAUAAUGACCCUGCACUGAUGUUCCCCCUCCUACAACAGGAGGAUCCUCUGGUGGAGUUUGAAACAUGCACAUAUGAGUAGUUGUCACGUCUCUUUCGAGACGUGAAGAGGGGGACUAUAAAUUUUACUGGCUUUUAAUUCAUGUCACGUCUCUUAGGAGACGUGAAAAGGGGGAUUUGUAAUGAAGUGCUAUUUCCUAUGCAAAUGACCAGCUUACUGCUAUUGCAUUGCUAUAAUUGAGACAACAUAUAGCAAUGUAUUUUCACAGUAAAACAUGGUAGGGCCAGACAGGAACGCACACACCUACACACACGCAGCCCCUCCCCUUCUGGAUGGGCUCCAAAGACAAAGAACUCUGUCGAGAACCAAUGGGAUACUGACACCAGGCUGGAGGAGACUGUCUAUCAUCUACGAACAACCUACCAGGAGCCAGGACUACCAGAAUCUACCUACGUAAUUUCAAUGUAUAAAAUGAACUGUACGAUUGUGACCAGUCUCUUCUUUUUUCCAAUGGUUCGUUUGAGAACUUGACGAAACGGAGCCGUGCACGUAAUUGCCAGAUAUCAUUACUUUGAAUAAACGGCCUUUACUAUACCGUA